GUAUAUGUUUAUUGUUGAAAAUAGAGGAGGAAAGCCAUCCAGUGGAUCUGAGCUCUCUAUCUAGCAAAUUAUUACCGGGUUUUACAGCAUUAGGCUUUAAAGAUGAAAGAAGGCACAAAGUUACAUUUCUUUCAAAUGCUAAUACAGUGGUUUCAAUGCAAAACCACUCUAUCUUUCAUGAUCUGAAAAUGGAUGAAAUGGAGCUGCUGUAUUCAGCAUAUGGAGAUGAGACUGGGAUUCAGUGUGCUUUAAGUCUUCAAGAAUUUGUGAAAGAUUCUGGAAGCUAUAGUAAAAAAAUAGUAGACGAUUUGCUGGAUCAGAUCACUGGCGGAGAUCAUUCCAAGUCUAUUUAUCAACUAAAACAGAGAAGAAACAUUCCAAUGAAGCCACCAGAUGAUCUCAAAGUUCCAUCAGUCCUCAUAAAAGAAGAACAUAAGUUAUGUAAUACUUGCCCAGAUGACUCCAAGCAAAAUAUGAUUGGAGAAGCCAUUGGAGAUAAUAAUAAUUCUGUUUUGGACUUUUUAUCUAUGAAAACUUAUUCAGAUAUGUCACUUGAUAUAUCCAUGUUGAGUUCAUUAG